AUGGACGAGCACGAGGCAGAUGAAAUUCGCAGCUGGUCGGGCGAUUUCGACCCCUUGGCUGAUAAUGCCGAGCGCCGUGUGCUUUUUGCUGCUUUUGAUUCAUUCAGGCAAUAUCGGAGAACGGCGCAUAUGAACACCACUCACCGUCGUCGUCAGGCCUUUUAUGCCCUACCAUCUGCCCACUGGCAGAUGUUGUCUGAGCCGCCGUUCUCCAUCCUUGAUAACUUCAACCGCGUGGAUGACGCCAUCGACGUGAACGCCGACAUCGCAGAUGCCAUCCUGACCACCGGUCUCUCGUCAUUCGGGCUCUCUGCGAACCCUGACCCCAAUGACCCGCGUCAGAAUUGGCACGGGACGGCCACUCAGUCCGAUGUCAACAAGGCGCACUCCACCCUGAGACAAUUCUACCGGGACUGGAGUCAAGAAGGCCAGGCAGAGCGAGACGUCUGCUACGGCCCUGUGCUGUCCGACUUGCAGAACGAGUUCGGCGCGCGGAUUGGGUCCUCCGAAGACGAGGACGAAGUCAGGGUGCUGGUUCCUGGCGCCGGUCUAGGAAGACUGGUGUUUGAGAUCUGUCGGCAAGGCUUCGCCGCGGAAGGAAACGAGAUCUCCUAUCACCAGUUGCUGGCGAGCAGCUGGAUCCUGAACCACACGCUCGGCCCUCAGAAACACGCACUGCAUCCAUUUGCGCUGCAUUUCUCGAACCUCCUGUCCCGGGAGCAGCAAUUGCAGGAGGUCAAGAUCCCGGAUCAGCAUCCGGGUACGGCUAUGGUGGAAGCUCAGGCGAAUUCGGCGCCAUUUGGGCGCAUGAGCAUGUCGGCGGCCGACUUUACUGUAUUGUACACCAACCCCAGCAACAAAGAGGUGUUUGAUGCCGUGGCGACGGUGUUCUUCAUCGACACGGCGCCGAAUCUCAUCCGGUACGUCGAGGCGAUCCGACACUGCCUCAAGCCCAACGGGCUCUGGAUCAACGUGGGACCGUUAUUGUGGCAUUUCGAGGACGGCAGCAACCGCAGUCAGCACGGAGGCAGUGAGGAGGGCCAAGGUGACCAGGGGAUUGGGGAGCCCGGGAAUGUGGAGCUGACGGAGGCAGAAGUGUUUUGCCUCGUGGAGCGAAUGGGCUUUGCGAUCGAGAAGCGCGAGGCGCCGCACGAGCGACCCAUGUGUGGAUAUAUCCAGGACCCGGACAGUAUGUUGCAGCCAUUGUAUCGGCCGUCGCAUUGGGUAGCACGGAAACAAAAUGUAUAA